CCACUUCUUCCCUGCUUGCGUGCCAAGCGAGGCUGCAAGCCUAUUAUCCAAUUAGUCGCCCCUCGCCUCUACCUGUCCAUUGUCACGGCAAUUAGUUUCCCAACACGUGAAUUGGCUCCCCUGCUAUUUAGAGACGAGUCGGUGAAGCGGAUCAUCACCGGCACGACAUUACGCUGGAAUUUGGCGAGAAAAUCAUCAAAUAAAUAAAGCAUGCACGCUCUGGUGAACGCCUUCUUGCGUUGCCUCUCCUUCCUACUUCCCCCCUCCUGGCUUUGUGUCAGCCUGUGCUCGUGGGCCAGUGAGUGCGAAGAGACGCCGACACGGCCCAAUCCCAGAGCUCGCUUCCGAGCUACAAAGCCGCUUACAUAUGAGGAAGUAGCUGCAGUAGCCGCGGCGGUACACGGUGGUGGUGGUGCUACGGCUGCCGCCUCCUCCUCCUCCCCUUCCAGUCAGUCGGCCUCUCCCGCUUCAGGCUGCGUCUCGCCGGCUCCGCAGGCCGCUCCGAUCCGGAUCGAGGUCGCGCGGCAAGCCGUGGAGCGCGUCUGGGGAGCUUCGCGCCAGAGUAGCCGUCGAGCGGCGUCGCCUCCCGCCCGCCGCCUACUCGACUCUUCCGCCACCGACUCCGGGGAGAAGAUGAGCGCGGCGGCGAGCCCGUGUUCCCCGGACUCGUCCGAGGAGGUCAUCACGGUGGACCACCGGCUUUCCCAGGAGAUGGGCACGGUUACCAUUACGGUGGCUAUCCAGGCGGCCGAGGACGAAGAGCCGGAGGAAUUCUCUCCCGGGAACGUCGACUUUAUCGGCGGCAGCUGCAGCGAGGAUGAAUUCGGCAGGCAUGACAAGUCGAGUGGUGCCGGUACCAGCGGCGGGGAGCUGGAGGAGGAGAGCUGGCAGCCCCCCGAUCCGGAACUCAUUCAAAAGCUGGUGACUCAGAUCGAAUACUACCUGUCUGAUGAAAACCUGGAGCACGACGCCUUCCUGCUCAAGCACGUGCGGCGCAACAAACUGGGCUUUGUCAGCGUCAAGCUUCUGACCUCCUUCAAAAAAGUGAAGCACUUGACCCGCGAUUGGAGAACAACCGCUUUCGCUCUGAGGCAAUCCAAGCUACUGGAGCUCAACGACGAGGGCCGGAAGGUGCGGCGCAAGUCUGCCGUGCCCGUCUUUGCCAGCGAGUCGCUCCCCAGCCGCAUGCUGCUGCUGAGCGAGCUGCAACGCUGGCCCGAGCUCGCCCGGCUCACCGAGAAUGGAAGCGGGGGAGGCGAGAGCGGCGCCGCUCAGCAGGAGCAGCUGAUGAAGCUGCUGCUCAAAGCCUUCGGGACAUACGGCGCCAUCGCUUCGGUCCGCGUCCUCAAGCCCGGCAAGGACCUUCCGGCCGACCUGAAGAGGCUGAGCGGUCGUUACACUCAGUUGGGCACCGAGGAGUGCGCCAUCGUGGAAUUCGAGGAGGUGGAGGCGGCCGUUAAAGCCAACGAGACGGUGGGCUGCGAGGACGCCGCGAGCGGCUCGCCGGGCCUCAAAGUAGUCCUGAUCGGCACCAAACCCCCUAAAAAGAAAGUCCAAAAGGAGCGACCCGGUGAGGAAGCGCCCCCAACGGGGAUGCGGAAGAGUCGCUCGCUUAACAGCCGAGUCCGAGAGCUCCAAUACCACGCAGACGACUCGGCUUGCAGCUCCUCGGACACGGAGAGCACGCCCACUUCGCCCAGGCCGGCCCGCAAGUCUCAGUCCUGCAACAAGCUCAGCCCGACGGCAGCGGGUGUAGCCUUUCAGAACAAUCACCUGUCACCCCGCAACAGUCCGUGGUCCAGCCCCCGCGCCAGUCCUUGCGCUCAACGCAAAACCCCCCACUCCCACAAAUCGCCGUUAGCCGCCCAGGGCCGGCUGAGCCCCGAACACGGGCGGCGCUGGGCCGACUACUCGUCCGACAGCAGCCUGACGCCGUCGGGCAGCCCGUGGGUACAGAGGCGCAAGCAGGUGGCCUCGCAGGAGAGCAGCCCAGUGGGGAGCCCCAUGCUGGGCCGCAAGAUCCAGAACGCGGACGGCUUACCCCCGGGCGUCACCAGGCUACCGCGGGGACCCGACGGAACUCGCGGGUUCCACUGCGGCGCGCUGGCCGAGAGGGGCAAAAGUGCCGCCACCCAGACUUGAUGCGUGAAAAGCAUCCUGCUCGUACCAAACCUGAGCUGCCCCCUAUUUGACACUAUUUUCGUUGAGUGUUCUAUUUUUAUACAAAAUUUUGCGUUGACAUGGCUACGUUAGCAUUUUGCUAAUGGGAAUUUGAGUGGAUUUUGCUGUUACUUUAAGAGAAAUGACAAUGUCAAUCUUGCAGGCCAUCCCCUUCUUUUUCUUUUGUAUUUUUUUAUAUAUUUUUUAAAUGUCUUAAUAUGUAUUGAUGAGGAUGUCGAGAUGCCUUUAUUUUCUUGAUUGGUCAGUUCGCCAUUUGAAAUAACUGCUUUCAGAGGUUGCGACAGUUCAUUUGUCUUUUAAUUUUAGGCCUGCGUUUAGCCAUGUGUUUGUUCAGCGUUUAGCUGUUUUUAUUUAUUCAUUUUAAUCCAUUUUUUUGUAUGAGUGAGGAUGGGGAAUGCUCAGGUCAAGCAGAAGAGAUGCUACUACUUUGUUCUUUCCUCUACACCUGAACAGGGGGUGUUUGUACAGUGCAAAUACAUAUUGUGCAAAAUAAAGCACUGAAAUGGCA